GGACCUACCAUCAGUAAAUCUGUUUUCUGAUAUAGGAGCUCUUGUUUGCAUCGCAUCGCGAAUAUGUAUAUAACUCAGGCAGUCUGUUUCUUCGAGUCGUCAUAAAAAAUCUCUUUGGAUAGAAAACAUUUACUUGCAUGUCAAAUCCCGAACGGGCUCAUCCGAUACUCUUGCGAUUCACUAACAGAGCAGGCAAAAUCCAUUAUCUACUGUUAGCAGAGAACAAUUAGCACAUAAGCGACAUGUUAAUAUGCGUGCUGCUGUUGGCCAUCUCGGCCGGUGCAGUAGGCCAAACAACCCCAGAAUUUCCUUGGGCUAUAGGAAGAGUUUCUAUGGGCGACAAUGAGUCGACUUCCCUUUACAAUUACGGAAGACAGCAUCCCAAUGGCACACGUUCAAUCAACUUCAAGUCAUCGCAGUGGGAUUCCUUACCGGAAUGGACGUUUCGGAUGAACGCAACUCACUUUCGAUAUCCUAACCCACGUAGGCAAAGACAACCCGUCGACGACCCUCAUGCUACAGCCAUCACAUUUGACUUGAGCUGGCCCGGAGGUGGCCAGAUGGCCGACCAACUCGUGGGAAAGAAGAUAUUACGCGAGAGACAAAAUCUGACCAUAGUCAAGCUGACGCGAUUUUGCCAAACAUUCUACGCUCCGAAUUUCGAUCACGUCACCAACAUCAGCAACUCGUAUACCGAAGAGAACGCUCGUUCAACCGACUGCCGGCCUUUCCUGGGAGAUGCGUGCGUCAACGAGUUGGAAUCAACGCCUAGUAGUACGCGCUGCUCAGGAAUGCCCGUCUUUAGCGGUUUAUGCUCCCAUGUUUUGGGACAGGACCGAUCAAAGGGCACCUUGUCGCAGGGGAUGGCAAGCAACUACAGCAGCGGCGACUUCAUGGCUGGAGCAUCGACCGGAGCGAUGAACGGGACCAACAUGACCUCCUACGAUGCCGUCACCAACAGGGUGCAUAUCGUAGCGGUCAAUCCCGUUUUCGAGGUUCGGGGUCUCAAUGGUAAUCGCACCUCCAACAUUACAGGCCGCCGGCAGGUUCUCUGCAUUCGCAUCAACACUGGACAGGUGGAAGACGAAGCUGAGGGCGCGGGUAUGUCGACGAUCCUAGGUCGUGCAACAGGUGGAGGCGGUUUUGUUGGUCAGCUGGUAGCGGCAGUGGUGACUGGUCUUGUUCUUGUCCUUGUUGUUUAAGCAGACGUGCGCCUUGGAAUUAACCCCCACGUUUUGAAGAGGACGAGACAAUAAACAGUACUGUGAGACACGUCUGUGUCUCGACUUGAGCGGUCAAUUCAAAAUUUUCGUUAACAGUCGAUGCUUCCCACCGUCGACUGGUGUGAGCUAGGUAG